AUGGAUGAUUUCACAAAACGAAACUAUUAUUUACUAUUUAUCCUAUUGUUGAGCUUAUUAUUAGUAAUUCAUCGUGACUAUCCAGAAAACGUUGAACAAUUUCGAUUCAAAAACGUGGUAAUCUUUGGUGACUCAUACUCGGAUGAUGGAAAUGCUUACCGAGUGUCAAAGCGCAAGUGGCCUCUGGUUCCUCCUUAUUAUCGUGGUCGAUUUUGCAAUGGUCCCAUCUGGACAGAUCAGCUAAAAGUUCCCGGUGUUCUCAAUUAUGCGUACGGUGGUGCGACAACUGAUAAUAAUUUUGUUCAAGGCUCCACAGCAAUCAAUACCGUCAAAGUACCAGGAGUUCGGCAGCAAAUUGAGAUGUAUUUCAAUCAAAGUAACUCAAACACAAUUGAUUUUGCACGUACUCUCUACAUUAUUUGGGCUGGUAGCAAUGAUUUUUUAUUUCAGCCGACUCUAACUCCAACUGAAAUUAUAGCUAGUUUAUUAAAUGGAGUUCAAGAUCUGCGCAAACUUGGAGCCAAAAACUUUCUAAUAUUCAAUCAAAUACCCGCACAAUAUGUUCCAAAUCUUCAGGGUUUUGCACCAGCAAAUGUUUUGAGUGAAUUGACGAAUGCAUCAAAUGUAGCCCUAGUGACUGGCAUUAAAGAAAUUCAACAAAAAAAUUCACAAACAUUAUUGAACAUUUUUGACAUCACGUCGAUUAUCUCCAAAGCAGUUCAGAGCAAGUCGGAUUAUUUUAAAAAUACUACUGCCAACUGCUGGAAUCCUGUAAAUUUGACAACAGUAUUGAAUUUCUGCGGUAAUCCUGAAAAAUUUGUCUUUCUCGACACUUUGCAUCUGACUUCACGCAUGCAUGGGUUAAUCGCCGAUGCUAUUCGUCAGUUUCUUCUAACUUCGUUCGAAGUCAACAGUUCUGGCUAUUAUAUUCAUUAA